GAGCAAUCACAGCCGUCCCGACCUUGGCUUCCUCUGCUGGGAGGGAUUGGGGGGCUGGGCCCCCGCAAGGGGCCCCCAGCUUCCCCCUUCGCCUGGGCAGGGGACAGAGAAGCACAGGCCCAGGGAGCGGGGACUAACUUCCUCUUGUGCCGGAAUGAGCAUGUCUGCCCUUUGCAAGUGGGUUUGGGUCUCUCAAGCAGAGGAAACCAAAAGCAGUGAGAGGGAGGGAAGGCGGAGCGACCAAUCAAGGGCAGGGUGAGGCGCAAAACCAGCGGGCUCCCCGGGGAGCCAGGCAGAGGCGGGGGGCCAUGGCGGAGCUGCAGCAGCUGCAGGAGUUUGAGAUCCCCACGGGCCGGGAGGCCCUGCAGGGCAACUACAGCUCCCUGCUGCGAGUCGCAGACUACUGCGAGGACAACUACGUGCAGGCCACAGACAAACGGAAGGCGCUGGAGGAGACCAUGGCCUUCACCACCCAGGCCCUGGCCAGCGUGGCCUACCAGGUGGGCAACCUGGCUGGACACACUCUGCGUAUGUUGGACCUUCAGGCGUCUGCCCUGCGGCAGGUGGAAGCGCGUGUGAGCACGCUGGGCCAGAUGGUGAACAUGCAUAUGGAGAAGGUGGCCCGAAGGGAGAUCGGCACCUUAGCCACCGUCCAGCGGCUGCCCCCCAGCCAGAAAAUCAUCGCCCCUGAGAGCCUGCCUCCCCUCACGCCAUACUACAGGAGACCCCUCAACUUCGGUUGCCUGGAUGACAUCGGUCAUGGGGUCAAGGAUCUGAGCACACAGCUGUCGCGGACCGGGACCCUGUCUCGAAAGAGCAUCAAGGCGCCUGCCACACCCGGCUCCGCCACCCUGGGGAGAGCGCCCCGGAUCCCCGAGCCUGUGCAGCUCCCCGUCGUGCCGGACGGCAAACUCUCCGCCGCCUCCUCUGCCUCCUCCCUGGCCUCGGCCGGCAGCGCCGAAGGUGUCGGUGGGGUCUCCACGACCCAGGAGCAGGCAGUACCCCCACCUCCACCCCCUCCACCUGCUGCCUCCGACGGUUUCCUGCCGCCCCCUCCGCUGGGGGAACUGUGCCUGCCCCCGCCGGCCCCAGAGCUGCCCAUGCCCCUGGACCUGCCCCCUCCUCCACCCUUGGAUGUAGAUGAUUUGGGGCUGCCACCUCCGCCACCACCAGGCUUUGGGCCUGAAGAACCCAGCUGGGUCCCUGAUGCAUACUUGGAGAAAGUGGUGACACUGUACCCAUACAUCCGCCAGAAGGACAACGAACUCUCCUUCUCUGAGGGCACCGUUAUCUGCAUCACCCGCCGCUACUCCGACGGCUGGUGUGAGGGCGUCUGCUCAGAGGGGUCUGGAUUCUUCCCCGGGAACUAUGUGGAGCCCAGCUGCUGACAGUCUGGGCUCUCUGGGAUGCUGACCCAAGUACCGCCUUGAGUGAGCCUCUUGAGUCCCACACCAAAGCCAGCUCCACAGUCGAGACUGGACCAGGCCUGCAUGUCUCCUGGGCUGUGAGCUGUCUGUUACUUCUCCAGAGGCCUGCUGGAGACAGGAAAGAACUGGAAACCAAGGAGUUUGGUGACCUUAUCCACAGGGGACCCUUACACCAUGCAAGACAGGGUCUCCAGCUGCAAGUGCCAACUUUGAAUAAAACUCUGAUGACCUGA